AUGGAUGGACCUGAAUUUACAUCAAUGGAUUUGCAAAUGCUUCUUAAAGAGCCGACUCGUCUUGAGAAUUCUAUAGCAGCUUUGCAAAGCCAGUUUGAUGAAAGCAUGGCUCGAAAUUAUGAUUUUUUUAUUAAAACUUGUAUUGAUGCUUCAACAAUUACCGAUGAUUUAGAGAGCUGCACCAAAAAUAUUGGAGACUUAAGUUCUGAUUUAGCGAAAGCAAAUAAUUUAUGCAAAGAUUUGUGUUUAUUAGCAAAUUCAACACGCGAAUCGAUGGCCAAAAUAUCAUCUGCGUUUCUCAAACAAUCAGAAAUAUCUGAUAUUUUAAUUGCACCACAAUUAAUGAGAACUUGCAGAAUUUCUAAUCUUUAUGACGAAGCUCUUCAAGUUUACAACAUAUUGGAGCAAUUUACAAGACAGCACCCUAACACUACAUCGUUAAAAAGCACAUUAGAAGAAGCAAACAACGUUAAAAACGAGGUAACUCAAUCAUUACUUAAUACUUUCUCAGGAGACCUCAAAUUAGAAGAUGCCAUAUCUAAUGUCAACCUUCUCCGUACUGCAAAAGUCCAUAGCGAAGCCGAAAUUAGAUUAGCUUUUAUAAAUGGACGUAGAAUGGCUCUUCAUCAGAAAAUAAAGCACAUAUCUAAGGAAGAUCCGAACAAAUACAUGCAAGAACUGACGAAUAAUUUCAGAUCAGCUCUUUACGAAAUUUCUACAACGUAUAAAGCGAUUUUAGCUUCAGAAGAUGCAGAAGACGAUAUGACACUUCACUUGGUCAUACAAAAAGAAUGCGAAAAGUACUGUAAAGCACUAAAAAGAUCCUUAGAAAAAGUUACAAAAGUCGAUGAUGCGAAAGAAAUGGUUCUAAAUGCUUUUACAUUUGCAUCAUCGUUUGGAAGAUUAGGUUUUGACUUCAGUCCUCUCAUAGAAAAUUGUUUUUACUCAUCAAAAUGGGCUGAAUGA